AUGAUAGCAAAGAGACAAUAUGUUCAUUUAUCAAAAUGUUUUGAUACGGAACAAGAAAAUAUUGUUUUGAAAAAUGAUGUCAGUCGUCGUGUAGCUGACGUUCUUAAUAAGUUGAAGAAGCGAGGUAUUCAUUCAUCCAUUUCUCUCAAUGCAGCUGGUUUGACAUAUACCGGUGUUGGUGAUACUGCUUGUUGUCAUUCAUGUGGAUUGGAAGUCUCUGAAUGGACAACUGACAUGGAUCCAUUUACUAUUCAUAUUCAACGGAGUCGUAACUGUUCAUUCGUUGAAUCAGUUCUAUCAAAGAAUCGAAUAAGAUUAUCUUCUUCAAAUAAUUUACCAACUAAUGAACGAAACUAUAAUUUGUCACAUUGUGACGAAAAUCCAGCAAAACGUCAAAAGAUUGAUAGUCAAAGAGUCAGUUUAUUAUCAGAAGUCGAGACUUUGAAAAAAGUCCGUUAUCGAACAUUUUCACAUUGGCCACAAAAUAUAGCACCAUCUCGAACACAAAUGAUAUUGGCCGGAUUCUUCUCUUGCAAUGUUCGUGAUCGUGUCAUUUGUUUAUAUUGCAAUUUAAUUUGUCAACAAUGGACAUCAGAUACUGAUGAUCCACAGGAAGUACAUGAAACUCUCUCACCUCAAUGUCCAUAUGUUUUAUUCAUUUUAAAAACUCGUGCAAGAUUAUCGACUUCGACUCUCAACGAAAAUACGAAUAAUUCAGCAGCAACAGCGGAUCUAUCUCGAUUCCGUGAAAUUAUGCAAACGUCACCAUGUCAUAGUGUCUAUAUGGAAAUUUCGAAGCGCCAAGCAUCAUUUCAUUCAUGGCCUCAAGAAUCAUUGCCUUCUGUAGACGAUCUAGUACGCGCUGGUUUUUUCUAUACUGGUUCAAAUACCAUUGUGACUUGUUUUUAUUGUGAUGGAUCACUUCAAAAUUGGGAUCCGAAAGAUAAUCCACUGAUUGAACAUCUACGUUGGUUUCCAUUUUGCGCCUAUGCGAAACAGCUCUGUGAUGAUGAACUUUAUCGAAAAAUUCAAAAACUAAAACGAACUUCUCAAGGUUAG